AUGGCCAAAUCACGUCGGAGGCGUCAGAACUUGCCCGGCGUGACGACGUGCCGCCAUUUUCUGACUUCCUACGUCGAGCUUUCGCUUCAGCCUAUAGCUGAUUUCUCUUCAGCUAUCAUCAUCGGUGAUUACCUCUACAUAGAUGGUGGUGAAGUCGCACAGAACUAUGACGGCAAGAACAUGUCCUCGUAUUACACACCGUCAUUGCCAGUGAACUCGACGCUAUCGAUUAAUUUGAAGCAGUCCUGGAACAGCACGAAUGUCACGAUGCUUUCCGCCCCCAAGGGCGAAACACCCAGGAUGGAACUCCAGGGUGUCUGGCGCGAUACAGAUUCCAAGUCAUUCUACGUCUGGGGCGGGCAAGUUCCUUAUUGGAGUAAGCCACCGGAAAACGAUAUCUGGCGUUUCGAGGUUGACGGUAAUGGAGGCGGCGCCUGGUCAAAGAGAAGUCCGCCCAAUCUUGCCGAGCUAUACAAACUUGAUCGAGCAACAGAAGGUGCCUUUUGCCAGAGCAAAACCACCGGCUACUAUUUUGGUGGCUAUGCAAACGCGAGAACCGACUUGUCUAUUAUAGACAAAGACAAGACCCGCAACGUUCCAGGUCUUGUGUCCUACGACUUGAAGACAGGCUCGAUCAACCAUACCACUUUCCAAGGGCCUGGAAGUUUUACAUUUAAGGGUGGUACCAUGGAAUAUGUGCCCUUUGGGCCGGACGGUUUACUGCUCGUGUUGGGAGGGUUUCAAGGAGCACCGACAGAGACCGGCUAUGGCAGCUGGACAGGCGUAGACUUCACUUCCGUCAAUUUAUAUGAUAUAAAGGCCAAUAAGUGGCACUCCCAGCAGACCACCGGAUCGAAGAGCAGCAUUCCACCACCAACAGAGAAGUUCUGUGCAGUUGGUGUCCAAGGACCUAACAAGACAUAUGAAAUCUUCAUCUACGGCGGGCGGGGCAUUGGAGAAUCGAUACGGAAUGCUACCGAUGACGUCUACGUCCUGAGCCUGCCCAGUUUUGUCUUCUUCAAGGCCAACGAUCCACGAUCGACCAGACGCCUGGAACAGGCUUGUGUUGCAACUGGGAGACAGAUGAUAUCUGUCGGCGGAACGGACGGCCGCGCCUGGCCCUCGUCGCUGACAGACAAAGAUCCGUGGCCUCAAGGAAUCGGCAUCUUCGACAUGACGGAAAUGCGUUGGAGCGAUCAAUAUAACGCAAGCUCGGAUUCGUAUGAGUCUCCAGAUGUAGUUAAGAACUGGUAUGCUCAGGGAAAUCGGGUCGACUGGUCAAGUGAUGAGGUUGAGGCGCUAUUCAAAGAGAAUCCUUCGAAUACGCCAACAUCAUCUCCGAACGAUGUCGGCUCUGGGUCAUCCGGGACGCCCACGGGUGCCAUUGUGGGCGGGAUUGUUGGCGGACUAGCAGGACUUGCUCUGAUCGCCGGGCUUGCCGCAUUCUUUCUUAAGCGCAAGAAAAGGCGCCCGGGAACCCCUGAUCCUGCAAACUAUGCUCCGGUCUCAAAGUUCGGUUCUGAUGGUGGUGCUUACAUGGAGCCCACUAUGGACCAGGUCCAUGAAGCGAAUGCCAACCAACACUCGAUUCCUGUGGAAUUACAAGGCCAUCACGGAGUUUCUGAGGCAUACUCAUCAAACCAUACAGGCAACGGUGAGAGCGAGGGCCAUCCCUCAUGGCCAACUCGGAGCAUUGAUCUUUUCACAGCAAAUUCGACGCUCGCCAUAAAUCUCAAGAAUUCAUGGAACACGUCAGCCAUCAACUUUGUGAAAUCACCAAAGGGACCAGAAGUCCCAAGACUGACUAGCCAAGCGAUGUGGAAGGAUCCUUCAUCCGAUACUUUCUACGUCUGGGGAGGCAGAGUGACCAACCACGUCAAACCGCCCAAAAAGGAGCUCUGGCGCUUCAAAACUCUCAGUAACGGACAUGGAGAAUGGGAGACUGUGGCCUCCAACCUCGCCCAAUUGCCCAGCCUUAUUCAAGUCACUGAGGGUACCUUUGCCCAGAAUAAUGCGACCGCAUAUUACUUCGGAGGAUACGCGAUAGAGGAGACGGAUUCGAAUAUCAUUCGCCAAACUAAUAAUCCUCUUUCUGUUCCAGGGUUUCUGACCAUCGACUUGAAUAACGGCAAGUUCAGUAACCGCUCGGACUUAGUGAAAGGGUUCGGAGACUAUGGGACGUUCAAGGGUGGUUCUUCGCAAUUUGUGCCUUUCGGAACUGAAGGUUUGCUCCUUGUUAUGGGGGGCUUCCAAGGGCCGUUGCGCGCGACUAAGUUCACGGACUGGUAUGAAAUGAAUUUCAACACUGUCUACUUAUUUGAUCCUAAAACCAGCAAAUGGCACGUACAGAAGACCCAGGGAGACAUACCCGAAUCAAGGGAAAAGUUUUGCACGGUAGGCGUGCCUGGGCCAGAGAAUACGUAUGAAAUCUUCAUCUAUGGCGGCAGACCUACUGUAGGUAGCUACGACUUCUCAGACGUUUAUGUUUUGAGCCUCCCUGGCUUCCGUUUCUUCAAAGCAAGUUAUAGUGACACACCCCGCGCAGAUCACGCUUGCGUGAGAGUCGGCUCGGGAGGUCGUCAGAUGCUUUCUAUUGGAGGUCUGAAUCACUUUGGUUAUCCCAGGGAGUGGUUUGACAAAGACCCUUGGGCCCAAGGGCUUCGCAUCUUCGACUUGACUCAGAUGCGGUGGUCUGAUAAUUACAACGCUAGUGCAGCUGCUUAUGAAUCUCCUCGAGUAGUAAGGAACUGGUACACCCAGAACAAAGAUUCAGUUGAGUGGUCUUCUGACGAGGUCAGGGCGUUGUUUCUCGAGUUCACUCUAACUAGCCCGGCAUCUGAAAGCUCUGAUCCAGGUAUACCCCGACGAUCACUUACUGCUAUUAUAGGCGGGGUGGUUGGCGGCCUCGUUGGACUGCUAGCUCUCAUUGUCGCGCUCUUCGUGCUGGCGUGCAAAAGGAAGAAGCGCCGCGCAGAAGCAAUUCGAAGCUCACUUGACGAGCUGGAGACCGAGCGUAAGGAGAAGAAUGAUCAGCACUACUUGAAAGCGCGCACAGAAGUGGCAACCGCCGGCCACGAGUUGUUUGAGCUGCACGGAGAUGGCGAUCCUGUUGAGGUACAUAGCGACUGUAAUCUCGCAGAAGCGCAUGGAGAUUGCAACCCAGCCGAGAUUUCUGCCGACAAUCAGCCGUUGGAGCCCAAGAGUCGCUCACAGGAUAUGGAACAAUGGAUGAAGCAGCGCUCAAUUCCUGAUCUCUCUGUGCAUGGCAGAUCCAAGCCUUGA